CAUGAGAACUUCUUAUGAGCAAUUACCGCAAACAAUUUCUAAUUUGUGAUAAUAUUAAAAUGUCUGCAACAACUGUACACAAAUUUAUAACGUUCAUUGGAUUACUGUCAAUAUUACAUGCAGCAUAUUCUGCUGCCCAACAUCGUUCAUAUUUACGAAUAACAGAACAGGAAUUCACUACCUUACCAAUUGAUAUUUUGAUACAAGGUAUUGCUAGCUUGUUUAUGGUUAUGUACGGAGUAAUGUACAUAGCUGGUGAUUUUAAAGAAAUUCGAGCAGUGGUUGAUUUAGAAAAUAAAUCUUGGGAAACGUUACGAAAUCUUCCAUCGUUCCAAAUAUUCAAUCAUCGCGGAAGAUCUUUAAGGAGAUGUAAUACUUAUGAGAGUAAUGCGCUUUAAACACAUUUAACCAGGAUUGUAACUGAAAUCAGACAUUGUAUAUUAAUGUAUAAAAUU